AUGGAGGUUCUCCGCGACGCCGGAAUAGAACACCGGCUGAAGGCCGUUGCCACCCCGGGCAGUGUAAUCCAACAUAGCACUUGGUCAGAUAAACUGGCAGGUGAAGAAUAUGCGCGCAUCUACGCCUGGGGAAAUCAUCCAAUGCAAAAGGGGGAUUACGAGCUCGCCAGUCCCUGUUCCAUGUGCGACCUCCCCCAAAGUUCUCUCGAGCCCGUGUUAGUCGAAGAAGCACAAAAUCUAGGUGCGGGUUUUCGCUUUUCGACAGAGCUGGUAUCGUUCCACCAGGAUACGGAUCAUGUCCUAGUCACGGUAAGGAAUCGAGUCAGCGGGGAAACCUACACUGUAUCCACGCAGUACCUUAUUGGCGCCGAUGGGGCUCGAAGUGUGGUCUUAGAAGCGUUGAACAUCCCCGUGAUUGGUUGCCAACAUGGGGAAGCCCUCAACGUUCACAUUAAAGCAGACCUUUCCAAGUAUAUCGCACAUCGACCAGGCAGUCUAACCUGGGCUCUCAACACAGACGGCCCCACCGGACUUGUUGCAGGCGCUUUCCGAAUGGUGAAACCGUGGAAUGAGUUCGUCGUGAUAAUACACUCGGCGAUUAAACCCACCGAGGAAACGCUCCGAGCAUAUUUAUACCAGCUGAUCGGUGAUGAUUCAAUUGGAAUUGACAUUCUCUCAUCUUUUCCAUGGACCAUAAAUGAGCAAUGCGCAGAGAGAUGGCAGGACAGAAGAGUGCUCUGCAUCGGCGAUGCGACUCAUCGUCAUCCCCCGGCCUAUGGCCUGGGCAGCAAUACCUGCAUCUCGGACGCUUUUAAUCUCUCCUGGAAACUAGCCUAUGUUCUCAAAGGAUGGGCAUCUCCAUCCCUGCUGGAGACUCUAACUAGUGAGAGAAAACCCGUCGGAGAUGAAGUUGUGCAACGGGCAAACGAGGGAAUCCAUGCUCACCAAAGGCUUUGGAGUCUUCUGGGAAGCGAUUCAGAAUCCCGCAAAAAGAUAAAUGACAGUCUAAGAUCAGACGGUGCAGAAGGGGAUCAGAAGCGCAGCGAACUACGUGUAACGAUUUAA